UGUAUCUCUUCACAAAUGGCAAGCAUUCGUAAAAAGAUGGUGGUGGUUGGAGACGGAGCGUGUGGAAAGACGUGUCUCCUGACCGUUUUCUGUAAAGGCGAAUUUCCAGAGGUUUACUUGCCCACUGUUUUCGAAGGCUACGUGGCGGACGUAGAAGUGGACACAAAACAAGUUGAGCUGGCUUUAUGGAACACGGCGGGGCAAGAGGAAUACGACCGCUUACGGCCCUUAUCUUACCCGGACACUGACGUUAUUCUCAUGUGCUUUUCAGUGGACAGCCCGGACUCCCUGCAAAACAUCACCGAAAAGUGGGUACCGGAAGUGAAGCACUUCUGUCCUAAUGUGCCCGUCAUUUUGGUGGCGAAUAAGACAGAUUUGCGAAACGACGAGAUCGUGAGAAGUGAGCUGUGGAGAAAGAAACAGGAGCCCGUGAAGACGGAGGACGUGCGCGCCAUGGCUGCGCGCAUCGGAGCGCAAGCGUACGUGGAGUGCUCCGCCAAAACCAAAGAAGGGAUUCGGGAAGUAUUUGAGACCGCUGCGCGAGCUUCCUUACAGAAGAGACCCAGACCGGUCACUGGUUGUUUAAACUGUUGUUGAUUGAUGUAACGUUAAAUGGCGGAAUCAUAUAUAUGUGGCCUGUGGGUUUGAGGCACUCUUUUCUCUGUCUCUCAUCUCCCUCUUUCUUUGCCCCCGCUCGCUUUCACUCCUCCUCGUAUCGCUACGUCAUCUAAUGUGGGUGGGAGAGGUCGGUAAUUGUUAACAGGCAGGUGUAUAUAUACCUGUUGUCCUCAUCCGGUAGCGAGAGACUGAAGUUAGCUGCUAACGUGUUGGAGGCAGCAGUGUUCCGGGAUGUGUUGGUAGCGCAAGGGGUUGCAUAGUGAUUGCCAACGGCACUACUGUUUGUGUGUGUGUGUGUGUGCGCGCGCUUCCGAAACGCGAAUGGAAUGUCUGGACUGACGAGCAAAGAGGAGCAUUUGUGACGGGUGAAUGCGUGAAGCGUCGGAACACUGUCUACUCACCCAAUCGCUAUUGCAGAAAGAGUCUUCAGCCAAUCCGAUUGUCUGCUGCUGUUCUUUUGAGUGUGUUUGAAUGAAUGGGCAGGUGCUGCUUUUUAGACACUUAUUUGUUUUGUUUGUUUCUUUUUUUUUCACUAGCCGGUGUGCUACAAUAUCUGUGUGUAGUGAACUGACAGUGGCCACCGGCUAGCGGUUUAUAUAUUUUUUUUUGUUGUUUGUUUGUCUUCACCCAUUACAUUAG